AUGCCGCUGGAUCACCGCCACCUGCGGGGCCCCGAGGAGUCGCAGCUACCAGAGGUGUGGGCAGCGGCGGUGGCUGAGGAGGAAGACCCAUGCACCUUGCGACCGCUGUUCGCGCACAUGGGGCUGCUCAGCCAGGCCGAGGGCUCGGCCUACUUGGAGCUGGCGAGCGGCACCAAGGUGCUAUGCGCUGCCUGGGGCCCACGCGAGGCGGCCGCGGUGGCAGAGCCGGGUGGUGCGGCUGCGACGGGGCGGUUAGUAUGUGAGUUACGGCACGCGCCCUUUGCCGGGUGUGGGCGGCAGGCGGCAGCACGUGAGGCGGCGGCGGAGCACGAGGCGAUGGCAGCGGCACUGCGUGAGGUGCUGGAGCCGGCAGUGCAGCUGGCACGUUACCCGCCCGCACGCCUCGCCGUCAGCGCGCUGCUGCUGCAGGACGGCAGCUCCGCCCUGGGUGCCACCGUCAGUGCCGCCGCGUUGGCGCUCACCAAUGCUGGCAUGGAGAUGUACGACCUGGCGGUGGGCUGCGCCCUGUGCCGGCUGCCCGGUGCCGCUGCCGCCUGCUGCCUCCUGCAGCCUAGUGAGGCCGAGGAGCGCCGCGCCGCUGCCCUCCUCACCGUGACCCUACUGCCCUCCCUCAACCAGGCGUGGGGGUUGCUGGGCUGUGGCCAGGGCGGCCCCCCUGACAGCUGGGCCCAGGCCCUGCGCCUCGGCCUCGAUGGCUGCCACCGCCUCUACCCCGUGCUGCGGCAGAGCCUCCUGCGUGCUGCCUGGCACCGUGCCACCCCCUCCACUGCCUGA